CGUGGGGGCGUUGCGGCAUGGGGCCCCGGCGGGGGCUGCGGCUGCGGGUCCGGCUCCCGCGCCGCUCCCUGCUGGCCGCGCUCUUCUUCUUCUCGCUGUCCUCCUCCUUCCUCUACUUCGUCUAUGUGGCCCCCGGCAUAGUGAACACCUACCUCUUUAUGAUGCAAGCCCAAGGCAUCCUGAUCCGUGAGAACAUGAGAACAAUAGGGGCUCAGGUUUAUGAGCAGGUGGUUCGCAGUGCCUACGCCAAGAGGAAUAGCAGUGUCAAUGACUCAGAUUAUCCUCUUGACUUGAACCACAGUGAAACCUUUGUGCAAACCACAACCUUUCUUCCUGAGGACUUUACUUACUUUUCAAACCACACCUGCCCCGAAAGGCUCCCUUCUAUGAAGGGCCCAAUAGAUAUAAACAUGAGUGAAAUCAGAAUGGACGAUAUCCACGAAUUCUUCGCUAGAGACCCUGCUAUCAAACUCGGAGGGCACUGGAGGCCUAGCGAUUGUGUGCCUCGGUGGAAGGUGGCGAUUCUCAUUCCGUUCCGGAACCGCUACGAGCACCUGCCGGUUCUCUUCAGACACCUAAUUCCCAUGCUGCAGCGCCAGCGUCUACAGUUUGCGUUUUAUGUGAUCGAGCAAGCUGGUACCCAACCCUUUAAUCGAGCCAUGCUUUUCAACGUUGGCUUUCGCGAAGCAAUGAAGGACUUGGAAUGGGACUGUUUGAUCUUUCACGAUGUGGAUCAUAUACCGGAAAGUGAUCGUAAUUAUUAUGGCUGUGGACAGAUGCCAAGGCAUUUUGCAACCAAACUGGAUAAGUAUAUGUAUCUGCUUCCUUAUAAUGAGUUCUUUGGCGGAGUUAGUGGCUUAACAGUGGAGCAGUUUCAAAACAUUAAUGGCUUUCCCAACGCCUUUUGGGGCUGGGGUGGGGAAGACGACGACCUUUGGAACAGAGUCCAGAACGCGGGUUAUUUGGUGAGCCGGCCGGAAGGCGACACCGGCAAGUACAAAUCCAUUCCUCACCACCAUCGAGGGGAAGUGCAGUUCCUAGGGAGGUACGCAUUGUUGAGGAAGUCCAAAGAGCGGCAGGUUCUGGACGGUCUCAAUAACUUGAACUACUUUGCGAACGUCACAUAUGACGCGCUGUAUAAAAAUAUAACCGUAAACUUGACACCAGAGCUGGCUCAGGUGAACGAAUAUUAAGUUAAGACAGAGUCAGUCUCUUCCACCGGUAGCCGAGGGGCAACCUGGUGAGACUUUCUUUUGCCGGCUCGCCGGGGUCAAGGUAGGAGCGAGGGGCCGACUGAAGGAUCCCGAGAGUCUGAAGGAUAACGAUGUGAAAAGCGCCCGCCCGAAAUGUCUCCACUCUUCCGGCCCAGCUUGAUCGUGGCCUCCCUUGUCGUGACCUGCUUUCUGAAAGACAGCGGUCUUUCCUGUUGCUCUCCUCCCUCUCCCCAACUCCGUCCCACCUUAACAAGUCUCAAGCCUCUGAACUGAGCCCUGGGCGAGAUUGUUCUCAUGACGCGGUGGAAUCCGGCCCUCCGAUCGACACUUGACCUCUUGGCCCUUGGAGGCAAAGGAGCCAAUCCACUACUGGGGCAGCUGCCUUUACCAGAAGAUCAAGUGAAACUCCACCUUUCAUUGGUCUA